AUGAGUCCAAUACGCCGAUGCACGACAAGGCUAUCGAGGCUAUCGGUGUCAGCUCGGACUAGAACCACGCUACAUGUAGCCUGCCCAUCCUUGAUGGUGGCUUCGCGAUUGCCUCGACAGCCACUUUCAGCUUGUGUCGUCAAGGAUUUGCGUACGUUCACUACCUCGCAGCGAUGGCAGGUGAUCGAGCCCACCAGUCCGCAUGCCGAAAGACAUGGCAUCUCAGCACUUCGUAACAUCUCGAUCAUCGCACACAUCGACGCUGGCAAAACCACGCUCACAGAACGGCUUUUACAUCUCACCAAUGCGCUCGCUGGCACCACUUGCAGCAGCAGCAACGCCUUACCAGGCGACGUCGACUCUGGUAGCACAGUAACCGACUUCCUAGAGCAAGAAAGACAACGAGGCAUCACAAUCCAAUCGGCAGCUGUUGGACCUGUAUGGUGGCCUCCUGCACAGAAAUCAGCAUCCUCCACUGAACAGGUAGGAAUCACCCUCGUCGACACUCCCGGACACAUCGAUUUCGGCAUCGAAGUCGAACGCGCACUUCGUGUCGUAGACGGUGCAGUCGUUGUGCUGGAUGGUGUCGAAGGAGUCGAAUCCCAAACCGAGAACGUUUGGUCUCAGGCAGCAAGGUACAAUGUGAAAGCAUCCAUACUGUUCAUCAACAAACUGGACAGGAUGGGAAGUUCGGUCUCACAAUCGUUGCGCAGUGUGAUACGCUCCGGGAUGCAUUCGAGACCGCUGCUGCUACAGCUGCCCAUUCCAGUCAGCGGUAAAGACGAACCAGGGAUCGCAGGACUCGUGGAUCUGGUCGAGAUGCAAACGGUAACGUUCAGCGGCAAAGCGGGCGAAGUGGUGACGCGCAAGCCUCUGCACGAAGCGGAGGACAUGUUUGAAGAAGCCAAACAAGCGAGGCAUGCGUUGGUAGAGUGUUUGGCUUCACUGGAUGACCACUUGUUGGAGGAGCUGUUCGGUCUGCCGGUGGGGUCGAACGAGGAACCGCAUGGCAAGAUGCCAGCAGCGUCGCUGAAGAAGGCAAUCCGAAGGCAGACGUUGGCGGGGACGAUUCUACCAGUGCUGUGCGGAUCCGCUGCGAAAAAUAUCGGAGUUCAGCCACUGCUUGAUGCCAUCUCUGACUUUUUGCCCAGUCCGAUGGAUAAACCCGAUGUGGUGGGUAGCGUUUGUGCUGCUGCCGCAUCGACGCCUUCGAAAGCUGCGCAAAACAGAUCGGAAAGUGUCGAGGUAGACUCGACAGCAUCGAUUGGUAAAGGUGUAUCGAUCUCCCUAGCAGACAAACGCACCACAGCACUCGCCUUUAAAGUGGUACAUGACAAACGACGCGGACCGACAACGUUUGUUCGUGUCUACUCUGGCACGCUCCAACGCUCCUCGGUUCUGUUCAACACCACCACUGGAGCGAGGGAACGACUCUCACGCGUGCUCUUUCCGUUUGCCGAUCAGUAUGUCGAAACCAGCACCUUGCGUGCAGGCCAAAUCGGCGUGAUACUCGGUCUGCGAGAUACACGUACGGGAGAUACGCUCGUCGACAUCUCAACCACCUCCAAUACGUCGUCGUUUAAACCCAACGCCGGUGGAAAAGCAACACUCAGUCCAGACGAGCUCAAAUCUCUGCGCCUCAAGCGUGUUCACAUCCCACCACCGGUCUUCAGCAUGUCUUUGGAACCCGCAUCCAAGUCAGACGUCGACUCGGUAUCUGAAGCGCUCAACUUGCUCAUUCGAACUGACCCUUCCCUUCGCCUCGGCGAGUCCGGAGAGGGAACCACGGGUCAAACGGUGCUUAGCGGGAUGGGAGAACUGCAUUUGGAGAUCGCUAAGGAUCGACUUGUCAACGAAUUUGGUGUGAAUGCUCGAAUGGGGGCUGUUCGCGUGUCGUACAGGGAAACGCUGGAUGAACGCUUGGGUUGGCUGGAAGCAGAAGAAGUGGUGGACAGGGAGUUGGCAGGUAAGAAGAUCAGAAUCGGUGCAAAAAUCAAGGUCAAAGCACUGGGAGAAGACGAGAUGCAUUUGGCGAGCGGCGCAGAUGCAGCGGUGUAUGGUGGUAACGUUGUUGAUGUUUCUUUCAGUUCCGAUGUUGCCAGGGAUUUGGGAGCGGCUAAAAAAGCUUCGGCCGAGGACGAAGGCGACAUUCAGGCAUAUCUCGCCGACACCCCUCGACAAACACGAACUAAGCCGGGUUCCUCUUCCGUCAAAGAGACCAGCACCACCUCUACCAGCUCGGCUUUGCCUUCAGGAGUCGACCUGACCACGGUCGAAACCAUGUUCAAGGCGGGCAUGGUAGCAGCGCUAUCUCGCGGUCCACUCACAUCGAACCCGUUGAUGGGCCUCAUGGUGCGCGUGUCCAACAUCGAAAUGUUUGGAGAGCUGUCGUCGUCGGCAGCGAUUUCUUACCUCCUUUCGCACCUCGUACGAAAAGUGCUGCGCUCCGAAGCACAGGUCAACCUGGAAACUGGUCUUCCAACAUCUACACCUACACCGCUGACGACACUGAUGGAGCCCAUGAUGACAACGCGCAUCACCCUCCCCGCUGUGCACCUGGGCAAAGUGAUCAACGACAUCACCGCCGAACAGAAUGGGUUGGUGCAGGACGUGGUUCACCAGACCACCGCUUCUGAGGACAACCAUGUAGUGGAGGAUCAAGUGUUUAUUCCGAACGCAGCCACAAAUAGGUUCGAGCUGCAGUCUUCGGCCGCAAGUUCGGGCGCUGCUGGCAAAGGUGCUGCUGCGCUCGGGAUCGGAGAGGGAAGCGCCGAGAUCCACGCCGUGGUACCGCUGGCUAAUUUGGUGAGGUACUCGUCCAAGUUGCGUGCAUUGACAGCCGGAGCAGCACAUUUCAACAUGCAGUUGCAGGGCUUUGCAAAAGUUUCCAGACAGAGACAGAGUGAGAUUUUGCAAGAGCUCGGUCGUUGA